UGUGUGUGUGUGUGUGAGAGAGAGAGAGAGAGUGUGUGUGUGUGAGUGUGUGUGUGUGUGUGAGUGUGUGUGAGUGUGUGUGUGUGUGUGUGUGUAUGUGUGGUGCCUUGUGAUGUACCAAUGCUUAUGGAAUUGAACACAUGUUACGCUGUGGCCGAAAGGUGGCGCCACUGUAACAGAAAGCAGUAACACCGCCCCCUGCUCAGUGCUGUGAUAUUUGAGGUGUGAUACAGACUGCAUUAGAGGAGUUCUUUUCAUUAAAAUGUAGUGAAUUCAUUAGCAGGUGCAAUAGGGAAGGUUAAUGGAGGUGGGAAAAAAAACAUGUUCUGCUCAAUUAAGUCUGCAAUAACUGCUAAUUUAUUAUUAUUAUUCACAAAUUUAUGAAUUUCUGAUGAUUACAAUAUCCAGUAAUAAAACAAGAUCAUUAUGAAACCUCAAAAAAACAAACAAACAAACUAAAAAACCCACCAAACCCUAUUUAUGGAAAAUCAUUUUAUCAUACACCUGGCAACCCUACUGUAGGUACAUACAGGGAUAUACUGAUAGAUAGAUAGAUAGAUAGAUAGAUAGAUAGAUAGAAUGAUACACUGCAUGUUUUAUGUAUAUAAAUUAUUAAGUAUACAGAGAUUCCAAAAGGAUCAUGUUUUAUUGCUGCUUUUAUCAGGUGUAAGUUUAGCAGAAGGGUUGCCAGGUCUUCAAAACAACCAAAACCUACACAAUAAAUAAAUAAAUAAAUAAAUAAAUAAAUAACCCUCACCCUUCCAAAUGGUAUGCACUUUUUUUUUUUUUUUUAAAGUUCAGUAUCAUGACUAUCAUUGCACAGCGUGUCAUAUUUUGGGAACAACAAAACAAACAAACAAACAAACAAACAACAACAACAACAAAACAAUAGAAACCAUCUUCAAAUUUUUAAUAGUUGUAACGGUUGUAAUGUGAUUUAUAUUGGUUUUAAUGGAGACUGUAAUGGUCCCUGUGGGCCUCUACUCGUAAUUUCUUGCCUUCUAUUGGUGGAAUGUUGUGGAAUGUUGUGUCUAGUGGACACCAUUAAGGACCAAUAAUGGCAAUGGUAAUGUUAUUAAUGGUUAGAUGAUGGUUUGUAAUGGUUUCGUAGUCAUGGUUUCUAUUGUUUUGUCAGCAGGUUCCUGUUCCUGGAGUAACACACACACACACACACACACACACACACACACACAAUAAGCUGAUCAGUUGAAUCAGGUGUGUCAGAGGAGCCCUGUGCAGGACAGAGUGUUCUCCUGGGAAAACUCUUUUAAUUUAAACUCAUGUUUCACUUAAAAUCCACCAAUCAGAAGCAAACGGAUAACCUCGAGGAGUCAACUGGGACUUGGCAACCCAGUGAGUGAUCGUCCAGUAACGUGGACUGUAUUUAGCAUUAAGUGUUAAAUUAAAAUGAGUAUAAAACAUUAUCACGUGACAGAGGAACAUAAUAAUAGUGCUGGAGAGUUCAGAGGCACUGAAGAGUAAUCAAUGAACGCGGUGUUUAAACUGUGACAGGGAUGAGUAAAAUCCAACCUGGCAACCCGGAGCAACGCGAUUUAAACCCCUGUCCAAGUUUGAGUACCAACUUCAUCCUGCAGAUUUACCCCAGACUCACAGCACACGAGCUCAGGACAACAUUUUACUAUCUUUUAUUUACUUUAUCUAAUCACAGUGUUUACAGAAAAAAAAAACAACCCUGACAUGAAUUAAUUAAACUGCAAGAUAAUAAAUAAAACAUUAUUAUUCAUUAUACAAAUCUAAAGUGGAGAGGGUCACGGAGUUAUGGAAGACCUGCUGGGGGGAUGAGCAGCGCUUCUUCUCUCCUGCAUCUCUCCAAGUUUUAUUAAGUUCUCUCCUGCGCGAAUGUUUUGGCACUCCUGAGGAAGAGUGAUGGACACCAGAGAUCGGUUUUCUGCGGGAUGGAAACUGGAUUACAGGAGAUUUACGGUCAUCGAAGGCUCGGCAUAUAAAGAGCCGCUGCACUAUGGAGGACUCGGUCCCAGAAAAAAGCUCCACUCGGCGGAUGAGAUUCAGCACGGCUGUCGUCCGAACCCAGAGGGCGCCGGCUCGGCAUCGGCGAAGGAGCGCGGCACCGGGAGGGCGUGUCAGAGAUGUCACAUCCUCACCAACCAACUAAACAGGCAGGCGCUGGCUCUGGCCGAGUCCGGCACGCUAAAGGACCCGCGUUUUGCAGGCCUCCUUCUUGAUAAACUCCAGGCUCUAGAAUGGCCUCCAAGGGGUCAGGGUGCUGAAAGCUGCUGUGACAUGUGUGGAACUCCUCUGCACCAGCUACGACGUUUGGCUCUUCACUCAGCCCUGGGACUGGCUCUUGAUGGAACCCCUAACUUGCAGUCUGGACCUUUCUCUGGCCUGCUAGCACCUCACCAAAGUGCAUCCUCACAGAGACCCUCCUGGGUGAACCAGGGUUCCUCAUCUGCUACCAUACGACAGCCCUCGAGGUACCACGUUGAACCAGUGGCUGGUAUCCAGAAUAAGGAAAUGGGCUGGAUCAAGUCUGGAGCUGCUGGCAUGGACAUAAAGCCGAGCUGCCAUGCUACUGUCACUCCAUUACCCACCUACGCUCAGCAGUAUCUGGAGGGGGUGUGGAGUGUGACAACCAUCAGUAGAGCCCAUCAGCAAGAACAAUCGCAGAGUCUGGCUCCAGACAAGGACAGCGGGGCUCCUGAAACUUCAUGUUCUAGCCGAGUCAGUGCUAUUCCCUCCAUCGCUCUGAAAGGGAACAGACGGAGCAGCCGGGUGACAUCUCCACCUCCAGCUCAAAGCUGCUCUGCAGCCUCGUUCUUCCUCAGGGCUGCUCAGAAGCUGAACCUCUCCAAACGGAAGAAGCCUCAGCCUCCUCCGCCGCCAUCCCCACCUGACCCCGAUGAACCGUUCUUCUACACAGACGGCUUCAGUGCCGCCCUGCAGCUCUCACCCCCACCUGUCCCACCAUGCCUGCUCAGGGUGGGGUCAAAGGUCAAAGACAGCCCUGGGAUGGGCAAGGUUAAAGUAAUGGUGCGCAUCUGUCCUGCUAAAGGGGAACAGGACACUUCUGAGUCCAUGUCCUUCCUGAAGGUGGACGCUCAUAAGAAGCAGCUGACCUUCUGCGAGCCUCCAACUAGCGCUGCAGGUCAGAGACGCUUUUCCUCCACCAUGGCCCCGAAGAUCUUCAACUUCGAUGCAGUCUUCACCCAGGAUGCCUCACAAGCGGAGCUGUGUUCAGGGACGGUGGCAGAGGUCAUUCAGUCUGUCCUCAACGGUGCUGACGGGUGCAUCUUCUGUUUCGGACACGCCGACCUCGGUAAAACCUACACCAUGAUCGGUAAAGACAGUUCCACUCAGAGUCUGGGCGUCGCCCCGUGUGCCAUCUCCUGGCUCUUCAAGCUCAUCGAGGAGAGGAAAGAGAAAUCCGGUGCUCGGUUCUCCGUGCGCGUCUCGGCCGUGGAGAUCAGCGGGAGGGAUGAAGUGCUGACUGACCUUCUAGCCAACUUCUCUGCAGGAACGCUCCAGGAUGUCCAGGGUGCAGGGGUCUACCUGAAAGAGGACCCCAUCUCCGGUUCACAGCUCCAGAAUCAGAGUGAGCUAAGGGCGUCUACUGCAGAGCGAGCCGCCUUCUUUCUGGACUCGGCUUUAGCGGCACGGAGCACUAGCAGACCUGAAAAUGCUGAAGAGCAGCAGUGUAACUCUCACAUGCUCUUCACCCUCCACGUCACCCAGUACCGCAUGGAGAAGAGCGCCAAAGGAGGAAUGUCUGGGGGUCGGAGUCGUCUACAUCUUCUAGACCUGGGCAGUUGUGAAUCUGAUGUCAGUCGAACAAGGGAUGGAGGUGGAGGCCAGUGUCUGUCACUGGCUGCUCUGGGGAACGUCAUCCUGGCUUUAGCCAACGGUGCCAAGCAUGUUCCUUAUAGGGACAGCAAGCUCACCAUGCUGCUGAGGGAAUCAUUGGGCAACAUCAACUGCAGAACCACCAUGAUCGCCCACAUCUCAGAUUCACCGGCCAGUUUUACCGAGUCACUCUCCACUGUGCAGAUAGCCUCUCGUAUUCAUCGCAUGAGGAAGAAGAAAUCCAAGUAUGCCUCCAGUUCUUCAGGAGGGGAGAGCUCUUGUGAGGAAGGACAAACCCGACGACCGCCUCACUUAAGACCGUUAUACCCCAGGACAGUGGCUCUAGACCCGGACCACCCUGCACUUCUGUCCAGUGAUCCGGACUACUCCUCCAGCAGUGAGCACUCAUGUGACACAGUUAUCUAUGUAGGUCCUGGUGGAGCCCAUAUUUCUGACCGUGAACUCAGCGACAACGAAGGCCCUCCAGCCUUCGUUCCUAUCAUUCCUUCGCUGAACAAAAAGCGUGCAAAAGAGGCUCCCAAAUCAGAUCGGGAUCAUCUAAAGUGCAACACGUUUGCAGAAUUACAAGAACGGCUUGAGUGUAUUGAUGGAAGCGAGAGCACAGCUACUUUUAUAGGUGAAGGAAAAGGACCUCAGACAGUCCCUAAGACUCAAGGUGGAGCUGGGAAAGCUACAGAUGGGGUUCUUACAUGUACCAAGAUGAUUAAAUCCUCCCUCCAAACGCCUUCUUACAUGGAACACUCCGAAGUCCCCUCAGAUGGAGCUGUAUCGGAUCAAACUUCAGCUCAGGACCCUGAGCCAGUUGUACGAGAGAAGGUCUUCAGCGACAAAGGACCUUCACCCUCAUUACAAAAGACCUCAAAUUUGGCCGAUGAUAGUAUUUUAGCCACAAGGACACCUCCAGUGGGUAUGAGUCAGCCAGCACUCAGGCAAGGCAUACCUUAUCAUCUAAGUAGGAGCCCAAUGGAAGUGAGCCACCUCCGAGCAGCUUUUCAGAGCAGAUGUCUUGAGAGAGAUGUUUUAAGGACUACUGUCACUCUACAGCAGCCUGUUGAGCUAAACGGGGAAGAUGAACUAGUGUUUACUGUGGUCGAGGAGCUGCCUACUGGUCUAAAUCCAGACAACGGUCGACCAUCCAGCAUAAUCAGCUUUAACAGUGACUGCUCCCUGCAGGCUAUAUCCUCUGGAUCACGUCCAGUCAGUAUUAUCAGCAGCAUCAAUGAUGAGUUUGAUGCAUACGUAUCCCAAGUAGACAGUGUGCAAAAAAGCCAUGCAAGGUCAAAAGAAGAAAUGUCACCUGACCACAGCACAGCGCUAUCUUCCAAAGGCUCAUAUUUCAGAAAAACGGUGAAUACAGACGCCACAUAUUUGCCUAGAGGUAUUACAUCAAAGGGGAUGACCAUACGUGAUAAUAUUUCAACAACGAAUAUACCUGGUGCUUUAUGUAUGGAGUCUUCCUCACAGCAAGGCACAAACAGCUCCUUCAGUGACAGUGCGUUAUGUUUUUCAGAGUUAGACUACCAAUCAGGAACCUCUGAGAGAAUUCAUAUAGCCAAGUGCCCACCACCUUUUGAUACAAAUAAAGCAUCUUUCAGAGGUCAAAAGUCAGUUAAAUCUAGUACCACUAGCUCAUCACAGUCAGUACAGAUACCUAGUGUGAACCAGUCUACUCUACAGAGAAAAAACAAACCUACCUCAUCUGUUGAGCCAAAUAGCAGCUUGAACCGAGAGUUACAGAGGCAAGGAAGCAGGACAGACGAACACUGGAUGCCCACAAGUAGCCAGGUAGAUUCAAGAAGUACAGAAGUCAUCGCUGCAGGCAAGCCAUCCAAAACUGGUAUGAGUGGAAUCCCAUCCAGGAAGACCACAGGUGGGAGCAGCAGCAGUGUACCACGGUCUCCAAAAAUGCCUCCGUCUUCCUCCUCCCAAAGGGUGGUGGAUGGUUGUGAAAAAUCCAGUGUUAAAAAAGGAGAGAGCAUGAGCAGGAUGCCUCAGCUUAGACGAGGGGCGACAACACUUGGCAUGAUCACGGUGCCUCAAAGCCCCUCAGAGUCCAAGUGGGGCCAUGAUGCCAUGCAAACAAGUACCACAUUGAAAUACUCAUCCUUAGGGAAGCGGUCAAAUGGGCAGAAAAUCUUACUCCCAAAGUCUGGCAGCAUGUCACCCCCUGUCCCACCCAUCAGAAAAUCUAGCUUGGACCAGAAGACACGUGUUUUGGUGUCUCCUAGUGCCUUAAGGUCAUUAAGCAAUGAUGCAGCCAGAUCCUCAUCAUCCAAAGCAACAGUCUCUGAGGAGGAUUUUGAUAUUCGGCUUAGAGGGGAAUCUUUUAGCUUUAAAUCGUUCAGCUUAAAGUCAGGAUCCAGUCUUCACACACGCGGUGCAAAGGCAGACAAUGGAAGAUACUUUGGGAGUCUUUUCUCCCUUGAAAGGUGUGACAGCUUGACAUCAAUUGGAUCUAAACAAGGAAUGAUGAGAGAGAGCAGUAGUGUUAACCUUGGUGGUAAUGGCAAGUCGAAUAGGAUGGUACCAAGACUUGGGGUUACCAGCUCCACCUCCGCACCCCUAUCUCCUCCAUCGGCCAGUACCCUUGGAGUCAGCAAAUUAGGGCAGAUCAAAGCUAAUAUAAGUCCUAGAGCCAUGGUUGGCAAUGGAAACAAAACAAAGUCCUUGUCUAACAAUGGUUCCAAACCUUUGAGUGCCACAAAAUCAUUUUCCACCUCAAGUGUACGGACUGCCAACCUACCUCCGAGUGGAAAAACAUCAACUCGUUCAGUUAUGGGUGCAAGUGCAAAAGCAGGUAAAGGCACCCUCAUGGGCACAAAGCAAGCCAUUCGAGCUGCAAAUAGCCGGGUCAGUGAGCUAGCAUCAAGCAGCCCCAAGAAACACAUCAAGGUUUCUGAUGAUCAGGCAAGCACUUCUGGUGAUUUUGGACCAACUCUAAAAAGUGAGCUUUUACUGCCUUGUUCAUUGCCAUCACCAUACAGCAAGAUCACGGCUCCACGACGACCGCAGCGCUACAGCAGCGGCCAUGGUAGUGACAACAGCAGUGUUCUUAGUGGGGAGCUACCCCCAGCCAUGGGCCGCACUGCUCUCUUCUACCACAGUGGAGGCAGCAGUGGCUAUGAAAGCAUGAUCCGGGAUAGUGAAACCACAGGUAGUGCAUCUUCCACCCACGACUCCAUGAGCGAGAGCGGAGUGUCUACCUCCAGCCGAACCAAGGUGUCAAAGUCUCCCAAAAAGAGAGCCAAUGGCCUGCAGCGGCGGCGGCUGAUCCCUGCUCCCCUGCCGGACAAUUCCUCCCCUGGCAGGAAGGCUGGAGCUGCAGGCCAGUGGGUGGACCUGCCUCCGUUGGGGGGCUCCCUGAAGGAUGCCUUUGAGAUUAAAGUGUACGAGAUAGAUGACGUGGAGCGACUGCAGAGAUGCAAGGAAGGGAUGGUGACUGAGGGCUUGCAGUACUUCAGCGCUCGCCUCAGGAUGCUGGAGAAGAGGCAGCAGCAGAUCCGGGAGCUCAGGGCCAAGCACGAGAGGCUGAGGAGGGAACUGGAGGACGCCAAGACUCAGCUAAUGCUCGACCCCGACAAGUGGACUGGAGAGUUUGACGUGGAUCCGGAUCUGGACCCGGAGUCGCAGGACUACCUGGAGGCUCUGGUUCAGGCCACGGCAGACCUGGAGUUCUGCGUCAACCUGUGCAAGUCUCGCGUCAUGAUGGAGACCUGCUUCGACAUUCUGGCACCGACAUCCCCGGGGCAAGAGCUGGAGGUGUGAUGAGGAGAUAAAAACAUGAGUGGAGAUUUACUGAGAUAUUUAUUUACAAAACCAGGAAGUGCCUUGAUUUGAAAAUAAAUGAAUAAAUGAAUCAUCGUUUCUGAUUGGUGCUGGUACUAAGAUGGCGACUGUACCUAAUCAAACCCAUUAGCAGAUUUCUUUUGGAAAAUAUCGGUUAUUUUGCAUUGAAAAGUAGUGUGUGAAAACAAAACAGGUGCAUAAUGAAAGUGAAAAAAAAGGGAGAGAAAAGCAAUAAGGUAAUUUAUUGCCAAUCCCAGACCCUCCUGUGGAGCUGCCCAUCAUUAUCAUUUAUUGUGUUUAUUUUAUUUAUAACCCUGCCAAAGUCUUUAUUAUUUAAUAUAUUAACACUAAACCACUAAACCCAGCACGUAUACGCGCCCAAAAUAUUUCGGAAAGUCGCUUCAUGUCUAUAAGAGGUAUGUAGAUUGGAAUAAUCUGGGUUUAGAGUUAUCCCGAUUAGUUAAUCUCAGAUUUCUCAAGAGAUGUCGAAAGAACAUGUUUUGAAUUCUUCGAAAAUAAUUGGCAGUUAAAAAUUGGCAAUCAAGAAAACAUGCCCAAGAUUUAACGAACACCAAGCGUGAAAGCAGCCGUGUGUGUGAUUCCUGACAUCUCUUUCAUCAAUUUGUGAAACACUGAUUAAUUCUUUUUGCUCCUGAAGCAGAACCUGUCUCUAAAGACUCGAAGCAAUUUUGUUCAGUUGUUGCUCAGUGAGCCAAAAAACAAAAAUAAGCGAUUAACAAAUCGAGUGGUUUCCUCUUGAGUCUUUCGUUUCUGAUCAUCUUGUAGUCCAAUAAAAAAAAAUAAAAAAAUUCCCAUGGGAAGUGUGUUGCAAAAUUUAUUUAAAAUAAAUAAAUUCAAAUCAAUCCUUAUUAAAAUAAGAACAAAAAACCUCAGGCUUUUAAACCUGAGCGCAUGAGUUAUCUUUAUUUAAUGCUCUAUUAUUUCUCAUUUUUGUCUAAUUAUUUACAGCAUUUUAUGAGUUUUAGGAGUGUUUUUUUUUUUUUUUUUUUUUACAGGUAUGUAAGAGUUUCUCAGUGUUUCAGCUUUAUAUUGUACAGUUUUUUAACACUUUGUAAGAACAUGUACAGAACCUUCCAUAUGCAUCAGUACAUGAUUAUGAAUAAAAACAAUUUUCGACUUUGUACCUCGCUGUCCAAGUCAUUUCUUCAUCUGAUG